AAUCAGCAGAAAAUUGAGCAACUACAAAGUUGUGUCAAGAGCUAGCGCGCAAACAUAACAUGGUAGUAGUGUCACCAAUAUUGGAACGCGAUGAAACUCAUGGUGGUGUGUUGUGGAACACUGCUGUUGUCAUUUCAAACACUGGUGCUGUAAUGGGAAAAUCAAGAAAGAACCAUAUACCACGAGUCGGCGAUUUUAACGAGUCGACUUAUUACAUGGAGGGAAAUACCGGCCACAAAGUAUUUCAAACCAGUUUUGGACGUAUAGGAAUUAACAUAUGUUAUGGGAGGCACCAUCCUUUGAACUGGAUGAUGUAUGGUAUCAAUGGUGCUGAAAUUGUGUUCAACCCUUCUGCUACUGUUGGUGCCUUAUCUGAACCAAUGUGGCCGAUCGAAGCUCGCUGUGCUGCUAUUGCCAACCAUUAUUAUGCAUGUGGUAUUAACAGAGUGGGAACGGAAACAUUUUCAAACGAAUUUACUUCUGGAGAUGGGAAAAAGGCACACAAGGAUUUUGGACAUUUUUAUGGUUCAAGCUACAUAGCUUCUCCUGAUGGUUCAAGAACACCUGGUUUAUCAAGAACUAAAGAUGGUCUUCUUGUCGUAGCAGUAGAUCUUAACAAAUGUCAAGAGAUUUCAGAUAAGUGGUGUUUUAGGAUGACAGCCCGCCAUGAACUUUAUGCUGAUGCAAUAAAACAAUCAACAGAGUUGGACUAUAAGAGAGAUAUUGUGUAUGAAAAAUAAGUAGGA